UAUUGGAUUCCUGCAUACUUGGAGUUUUACAGUAAAUGGCCUCAGGGAAGUUGCGCAAACGGAGUUCUCCGCUCUGCGUAAGAGCGCGCAAGCUGUUGUCGGUCUGAUGAAAGUCAGAAAAAAACGGAGAGGGGGAGGAGCUUGGAGCAGACUGUUGUGAGAGUGAGGAGGAGGAGGAUUUGGGUCAUUCAGCAGCAGAAGGGAGAGCUCGCUGAGAGGCAGAGGAGGGCCGGAGUUUGGAGCAAAGCCUUCUCGCAGUGGAGUUUUCUUCUUCCUCUCGUCUGUCCGGCGCUUUUCUUCCGCUGUUGCUGGAUUGUCGUCGCUCUGAUGUUGUCUCCAGACCAUGAGAGAAACGCUCACCAUGAAGUUCGCAUGGAAAACUAAAAUGAGUUCGGUGCAGGACUGGGGAGAGGAAGCUGAGGAAGGAGCCAUCUACAACGUGACGCUGAAGAGGGUUCAGAUUCAGCAGGCGGCCAACAAGGGAGCAAGAUGGCUGGGGGCGGAGGGGGACCGCCUGCCUCCCGGCCACACCGUCAGCCAGCUGGAAACCUGCAAAAUCCGAAGUAUCCGUGCCGGAACGCUGGAGCGCCUGGUGGAGACGUUGCUGACAGCGUUCGGUGACAACGACCUCACCUACACCUCCAUCUUCCUCUCCACCUACAGAGCCUUCGCCAGCACGCAGACUGUGCUGCAGCUUCUGCUGGACAGGUACGGCAACGUGGAGGAAAGUGGACCGGUACCGGAACAGUGCCAGAGCUCUGAAGGCCACGGAGCCAUCAGAAAUGCCCUGGCUUCCAUCCUGCGAGCCUGGUUGGACCAGUGUCCAGAGGACUUCCAGGAGCCCCCGGACUACCCCUGUCUCCACAGACUGAUGGGGUACCUGCAGAGAGCUCUGCCAGGUUCCGAGACGCUCCGGCGGGCGGAGAGUCUGCUGGAGCAGCUGCAGAGCCAGGCCAGGCUGGAGGAGACGGACGGUGGUUUCCAUGGCAACAGUUCUUUCUGCCUCGGCGAGGAGGAAGAAGUAGAGAUCGAGGUCCAGGAGGACUUCCUGUCCUUUAAUGCGGACCUGGUGGCCGAGCAGCUGACCUACAUGGAUGCGCUUCUGUUCAGAAAGGUCAUACCUCACCACUGCCUGGGCUCCAUCUGGUCCCAGAGGGACAAAAAGGACCACAAGCACAGCGCUCCCACCAUCCGAGCCACCAUCACUCAAUUCAACGCCGUGGCGGCGUGCGUGGUCAGCACGGUGCUGAAGCACAGGCAGCUCAGGCCGCACGUGCGCGCGCGGCUCAUCCAGCGCUGGAUCGACGUGGCUCAGGAGUGUCGAAUACGCAAGAACUUCUCCUCCCUGCGAGCCAUCGUUUCGGCGCUGCAGUCCAACCCGCUGUACCGCCUGAAGAGAGUCUGGGCUUGUGUGCAUAGGGACAGCAUGCAGACCUUCGAGGAGCUCUCCGACAUUUUCUCCGACCACAACAACUACCUGACCAGCAGGGAGCUUCUCAUGAGGGAAGGUACCUCUAAGUUUGCCAGUCUGGAGAGUGGUGCCAAAGAGCAUCAGAAACGAACCCACAAGAGGCUCCAGCUGCAGAAGGAAAUGGGAGCGAUGCAGGGAACCAUCCCGUACCUGGGGACCUUCCUGACGGACCUGACCAUGCUGGACACGGCCCUGCCCGACCUCGUUGAGGGCGGCCUGAUCAACUUUGAGAAGAGACGGCGGGAGUUCGAGGUGAUCGCUCAGAUCAAGCUGCUCCAGUCGGCCUGUAACAGCUACUGCCUGAGCGGAGACGCGGCUUUCCUUCGCUGGUUCAGGAGCCAGCCUCAGCUCAGCGAGGAGGAGAGCUACGCCUUGUCUUGUGAGGUGGAGGGUCCGGGGGACAGCAGCCCCACGUCGCCCAAACCCCGGAAAAGCAUGGUGAAGAGGCUCAGCCUGCUGUUCCUUGGGACGGACAGCAGCGCGGCCAGCUCCCCGGUCAGGGACACGCCCCGCUCGCCCCCUACUGGCAGCUCGGGGGAGAGCAUGGACUCUGUCAGCGUGUCGUCCAGCGACUCCAGCGGCCCUUCAGACAACGAGGGACUCGUCACCCCCACCCACACCUCCCACCCAAACAAGUUAGCUGAGUCCUCCUCCUGCACCUCGCUUCACUCCAUGGACACCAGCUCCUCCACGGCCAGCGUCUCCAUGACUCCCACGUCCCCCUCCCUAUCCGGGCCCCCCUGCACCCACAGGCGCUGCAUCUCCCUCACGCCCAUGUCUCCCGGCUCCCCGUCCCACGCGCCGGCGUACAACACGCAGGCGCAGGACGCGUGCAUCAUCCGGGUCAGCCUGGAGCACGGAAACGGGAAUCUCUACAAGAGCAUCCUGCUGACCAGUCAGGACAAAACCCCCGCAGUGAUUUCCCGCGCGAUGGCAAAGCACAACCUGGAGGGGGAGCCAGAGGACGGAUACGAGCUGGUGCAGGUCAUCUCCGAAGAGAAAGAGCUGCUGAUUCCGGACAACGCCAACGUCUUUUACGCCAUGAACAGCACGGCCAACUUUGACUUCCUGCUGCGCGUGCGGGGCUCGGGCAGUCGAGCCGUGCAGCUGCGCAGCCGCUGCAGCUCCACCCUCCCUCGAGCGCAGCAUCGCUCCAGCCUGUCGCUCAGACUCAGCAAAGUGACGCUUUGACGCAGCCGUCCGCCGCCGGAUGACGGUGGUUCUCGGGCAGCUGGCUGUGAACGUUCUCGGACUCCUCCAUUUGUCACGGUGAACCGUUUCGCUGCUGCGCACUCAUCCGGCUGCUGUGUGAACUGAAGAGCAGCGGCGACACCUAGUGGCCUAAAGUCUGUAUGAUUUGCACAUGUGGGAGCAGCCAAACUCCUGACCUCCAGCAGUAUUUAGAGACUGACCAUCUGCAGAAGUGACGCUGCAGGAAGUGUGACAGCGUUCUGGAUGACAUCAGCUGAUCGACAGACGCUGGGGGAUCAGUAUUCUCCUCCGUCAGGCUCCUUUCUCGGCCUGUCAGUCUUGUGCACAGUGUGCACGCUGUACGUAGGCUCCGCCCCCCCUUACCUAUGUGAGCUGUGUGACGAAUGCAGACGUGCAUUCUGAUUGGUUCCUGUACUUGGUUUUAUCAAGUCCUGAAAAGGCCUUACCUGCCCCUCCUGUGGGGUGAAACUGCUGCAGUACCUCCUCCUCCUCUAGCGCUUUACCUUAGUCUUGCACUUGCCAGCUGAAGGGGGUUUUACUCCUUCACUAAAGCAGUUACUCGGUUUGCCUUUAAUACUUUUGUGGCCUCCUUCAGCCCAGAAAUGGUUUCAUCUGAAAGGCGUUUCUUUUAUUUAGAUAGUAUCAUAAAGAAAGAUAGAAGUGGAUUUUACUGUGAUCUAUUCGCUCCAUCAGAUCUGCUCCUGGUUUUUUCCAUCAGCGGCAGAUGUUCCUCAUCACACACGUGCACGAGCUCAUGCACGUCUGUGAUGGUCAGACAUGUCAGUCUGACCUGGAACAGGUUUUCUGGACUCUGAAGUCGUCUUUUAUCUGUUGUCCACUGCCAAAGAUUUCUAAUCUGCUUUCAGAGAAGAAUAAAUUAUUAUGAAGAUCUCA